AUGCAGCAAAAGAACGUUCUGAAGGUUCUUAAUGACGACGGUCAUCUUGACAAAAUCGACCAAGGCAACAAAGAACCAGCCUUCGUGCGUGAAUGUUUCGAAUACAAUGAGGCUAUGUUCAACCACAAGCUGAUUUGGCCAUUGUUCGAAAUGGCAUGUAGCCACAGUUGUUUGAAGUUUGUUCCUAGAGAAGUGCUUCUGUCUCCAACAGACGAGACUUACAAUGCCGACGCUGUGGUGAAGUUUGAGGGGGUUGAUAUUUGCCUUUUGGAAACAUCAGGCCAUUAUGACUUGAAUGAUAAAGAUCACUUCGGCUAUGACCACGUGAAGGGUGCCUUUGGUGCUAUUUCAAUGAUACGGAAUGCUUACAAGAAGCAUCAAUAUGCAACAAGGGCAACGGCUCAAUAA